UUAUAGGAUGGCUGACUGAAUGAAAAUACGAAAUCCCCUCAGGUCAAGCAAUAUUGAAUUUCUCAUACAGUCAUGGACGUUACAAGCACAGAAGUAGCGGCAGAAGCGAAAGAAAACGAGCCAAUUCCUCCAGCAGAAGGAAUCUUUGCUGCGGAGUGUAUUCUCAAGAAAAGAACCCGAAAGGGACAAAUUGAAUAUUUAGUCAAAUGGCGCGGAUGGUCGGCGAAAUAUAACACAUGGGAACCGGCGGAAAAUAUAUUGGAUGGUAGACUGUUACUCGCGUUUGAAAACAGUCGUAGAAGGCGAGGUAAGAAACCGCGAUGGCAACGUGGAAUAAGCGAGACUGCGAAGAAAACGAAGUCAGAUUCGGGAACCAGCUAUAAUAUUCGCUCGGAUCCGGGUCUGGAAUGGGGGUUCGAGGGAGCGCGCAGGUCCGGCCGACCGAUGCGGGAAAGCGAGAGCAGCGAUUCCAGCUAUAAUUCUGACUUGACAAUCACUGAUGGAAAUAUUACAUCGAGUGCAAGCUCCUAUUCCUCCAUAUCACCAGAGCCAACGGUCCCAGACCAAGAAUUUACACAUUCAAACCCAACCGUUCACUCAGCCGUGAAACAGAGCCAUAUAGCCACUUUAAGUACACCGGUAUCUUGUGCAGAAACGCAAACACAGCAGCCAAAACCAGAGAAAAGCAAACCGACUCCGCAUAACAUAAGAGAGAUUUUAAAAACACCUUCACCGGACCCGCCGAAACAGUUAUUUAACCUUUCUGGAUCAUCGCCUUCAGAUAAUUUUCUAAAAAUCAAUUCGCCAAAGCGCGCAAGCGACUUCCAGUUUGUUCCUGUUAAAAGCCCUGGGGGGAGGGAGACGGGGCUUAGAGGGACGGGAAGUCAAUCAGGAGUGGAUAUAGCAAAUAAACACGAAACUGCAAAAAUACCCACUGAUUCCGCAUUGGUCUACAAGGACUUUCAGUUCCGACACCAUAAGGAAGAGAAAGAUCAUCAUCGAAAAGUGUCGGUUACUGGUGGGCGCACCUCAACUGAGACAAAUGUCCUGGACAAAAAAGACAGUGAGUUAAAACCUAACAGAGAACUUUCAAACGGUGACAAGCGGUAUAAAAUUCCUCGGCUUAGCUCAAGCACGGCGGAAACUACACGGGUCUCCGAAAUCAAAAGCAUCCCAAGUUUCAAAGUUACCAAGAGUCCCGAACCCGCUCAAAAAAACGGCACCACAACCGGUGUCUUCGAAUCCGCGCGAAUUCCCAGCGCGGGCGAGUCAGCAACAACGAUUUUACCACCCGAGACGCGGGAUUUUCGCUUCUGGCACAAACCCCUUAUUGAUCAAAUCGUAAUCACGGACGUUACGGCCAACUUUGUCACUGUUACCGUCAAGGAGUGUUGUACCGACAAAGGAUUCUUUCGAGAGCGGCAAACAGGGGUUUGACAGAGUUGAGCGAUUUUAAUUCAGCGCUUGGGAGAUCAUAUUGAUAGAUCUGUCGGAUUUCGAGUGCAAUGCGCUCUUUGAGUUUCUUGUAGUUACGAAACAAACAUGCACAGAUCGCAGUUACGUGAAAUAAUCCACGUAAGUUGCUUAGUGAAUCUCGGUACAUAUCUAGUGCAUAUCCUUACUUGAUGAAAAACGAGAUAAUUGAGAAUCACGCAAAUGAAAAACUAAAAAUGCCCUUAAUUCUUGAUAGCAUCUAGGAAAUCCUGUUUAUACAGGGAACUUCUCAAUGAUCUUAAGUUGCUAUUGUUUUCUUGAGCGCAAUGUUGGCAUUUCUGAGUUCUUGAUUUUAAACACUGAAUGAUGAUGCAACUACUUUACACAACGAGAAAAAUCUUUGAAGCCCUGAGAAAGCGAUUGAUCCAUUUUAAAUGAAGACCAAUUCAGAUUGCUAUUGAAUUCUAACGACAAACUAAAACUGGUAUAUCCUUAAAGUGAAAAUCUAAAUGGAGCGUUCUAACCUUUGAGACGUGAUCAUCUAUCAGAUAAAUAUCAAAAUACUCCACAACAUUGACUUAUCUGGAACGGGUUGCCUGUCAAGGGAGAGCUUUUUUAAAAUUGGCCGUUGAUCGAUCAACGCCACUUGAAUGGGAAACAAAGAGAGCAGAGCAACGCCUCAAAUACACGCGUCGAAUCUUGUAGUUGUGACAACUACCAAGAGAAUCAGCGUAGAAGGAACGAGAGUCGUAGACGGGUUAAGUUAUUGGUAUAACAAGUUUGCUAUUUCGCUGAUUAAUAUAUGUUGUAUACAGUGUAAGUGUAUAUUAUAUAGAAAAAAUAGUGGGGGGGAAAUGAUGGUACAUGCGGAAAACUAGGAUAUGUGUGCGCAGGCGCCUACCCAGGCCUCGCGCGUACCCCUCGGCCGAUUUAUGAUUGAAGGAUUAAUGAUGUUAUUUUCGAAGGAUCAAAAUUAAUAUAUGGUAAAAUCCACAUUUAAACAAUAAUUAAUAGAACUAUGUUUUAGGGGAUUGUAUUAUAUAGAAGUUAUCGCCGAAAACGUUACAUAACAAUGUCUUCGUUGUAGACUACAGUCUGCUUUUUAAGACGGCCCACAAUUUACGAGAAUGUUACGUCGGCAAAACGGCAAAUGCGUACAAAGUAAGCCGCCUGGAAAAACAAAGUUUUUAUCGUUUCACUUAACAGUUGUAGAGUAAGGAGAAUUUCACCACCGACCAGUAUUUUGCGACAGGAUUAUCAUCGAAAAUCUCAUAAUCCAAUCACUUUGGAGAACAUUUUAGGGUGUCGACUGUUUGUGAUGUCGUUUUAGUAGAUUAAAAUUCUUUAAGUGCACUGAUUAGCAAAUGCGACUGAAAACAAAAACGCCAAAAAUCUGAAGCUCUUCAAGCAGGGUCAAUGACAACAAAAUUGAAAUUAAAAAAUCACCGAUGAAAUCUGCUAGACAAAAAAAAAACAGAAAUAAGCGUUCCUUUUCAUUUUUUCCGAGAUUUUAGAACUCCUCGCUCGAAAAGAUCGUAUAUUAUACAUUUAACAUGAAUUUUACCAACAGUCUUGUCCACAUUUCAAGUCUUAUCUUGAAUUCUUGGUUAUCGGGUUUUCACCGCCUUAUCUGCGAUUAAAGAAAUUCAAUUGAUUACGGAAAUAGUGACCCGCUGUUAUUAGCUAUUUUUGUGGUGAUUAAGCAAAGAUGCCUUUGUUUUGGCGUUUAAACGCGCCAUUAAAACUGUUUUAUUCCAAUUUAUGUUAUUUUAAUAGUUAUGAGUAUUUUUUAUAGAUAAAUUUAAAUCUGUUUGCUGUAAAUGUUAUUUCAUAUGUAUUUAUCAAACAUUCAAUUAACAUCACUGAAAGUGACAAUAACAACAAGAAGAUUAACAUUUUUGUCCUAAAAAUACCUAAAAUACACACACUAGUACUUUUUACCCCGCCUUCGUCAUUUUGCUUGGUAACAACAAUUCAUCUACUUCAGACUAGUCUUAAGCCUGGGUAGAAGUAGUUAUGCUAACAGUUUUGUGCGAGAUUGUUAAAUCCGCGUAAAAAAGCGGCUCAAACCAAAGUGCUUUCGUUUUCCAAUGAUCUCAAGGAAUUGUGGUGCAAUUAUUUACCAGGCAUUGCCUGUAUAACUGUAUCAACCGAUGCGAAUUUCCCAAUAGUCAAAUCCGAGAUUUCUUAAUCCGCAGGAAAAAUGCUGACUGUUUGACUGCAGAGUAAAACAAAAUGCAAAAUUCAUUCGUUUCUUUUAUCUUAUUUUCUUGCCGGGCUGUAAGAUUGAAUGAGCCAAAGGACGCGUUGAUCACACAUUUUGAAGUAAAAUUCGUCCCAUCUCAAAAAGAGUUGAAUGGCAUCAAAGGCCUAGGUUCGACGCCGUUUUCUUCAUGUACCGUUCCAAAUGCGAAUACAUGCAUUGUUUUAUCUCCAUUUGUAGGCGGCGUUUAAACUAGGCCUAACCAAAUUUGAAGUUUUUUUAUUUUGUCGGGGCGGAAGGAAAGUCGUCAUCGGAGCAACCUCUGCUCUAUUUAUCCUGAAGCCCGUGUAUCCAGUGAUGGCAAAUCGCGAAAGAAAUCUCGCUUUUAUUUUUCACGUUUUGUUUUUCAAACCGAAAGUUAAGCGUCAGUUGCUAUUUCAGUAUUAGUAUUCUUGGAGUUUGGAAACACACAAAAUGAGUUUAUUUAUAAAGAUAACUCACAAGAUUGUUAAAACAUAUCACGACCUUUAUAUAAAUAUGAAUCAGUCCGUGUUUUUUUAGGAAUUUUGGUUAACAGAUAUAUUUAUGGCUAAUAAUAUUAUGUAAAGUGGGGGUAAAGUUGUAGUUUAGUAAUUUUAUAAAGUAAAAAAAAAUAAUAGAAAUUAUUAAGGCUGGGUAAAAGGACUAACAACAAAAACGCUGAACGUUGUUUCCACCCGAAAAAAAAACAAUUGUAGUAGUUUCUUUAGGGAAUCUUCAACCUAGUUGUAUUAUAGAAUGAUAAGUGAGAUCCAGUAUCAUACAAUCUAUGUCAUAGAGGUAUUGUUGAGUAUGGUUAGAUAUGAUAAAUGUCGCCCUGAUCAAACGGAGAUGAGAGUUGAUGAGAGUUCCAAUCUUACUAGCUUUCACAGCGUUACAAUCAAACGGUAUCUGAGAUUGUUUACCUUUUUAUCCAAGAUUCAGUGCAGUCAAUUAUUUCACUUCCGGAUUCGUCACUGUUAUUACACGUUAAAUUUUCGUAAAAACUGCUGACAACUCUUGUCAACUCUCAUUGUCGACUUUGAACAUGCUCAUAAAGUGAAUGAGAGUGCACGGUCAAACAGACAUGAGAGACGAGAGAACUCUCGUCGAUUCUCAUCUCCGUUGGAUGAACGAACUAUAAAAUUAACGUUUUUAGUCCUGAACUUAUAGUGCCCUUUUACACGUUGUAAAUCAAAUUUUCGAAGUUUUUAUGAUUGACCAUGUUUAUUGUAAGAAAACUUAUCCAUUAAAAAAAAUCAAACUGUUAAAAAAAGUCGCACGCUUUCCGCCACAUGGAAAAUCCAAGCUUUACUCUGUAAAAGGGUUUUAAAAGUUCUUUAAUGGAGCAUCUUUGCAAGUCUUUUGAUCUCGCAAAAAAUGGAGAAGUGAAGAAAUACUUUUGUACUUCAUUCUUUGCCAGAUCACUUCUGCAAUCUAAAAUGAACGUCUCGUCUGUAGACGUCUGAGUAUUUAUGACAGAGAAACACACGACAAAAUGUGAGAAAAACAUCCCUUGUAAUCCACAACAACACUGAAAAA